UUGUGAACAGGUGCUUUCCUCUGGACUCCGUCCCACGCACGCGUUCUCACGAGUUUUUCAACACGCAUCGCGUUUCCUACCAAUUUUUCUGAUUUUCCCCCCCGCCCCUCUCUCUCGCGGUUUUCGCCUCUCGGUUCACGGAUUUGGAUUACUUGCGUGUGAUGGUGAAGGUGCUUUAACGCGCGUGUGACUAAGAAAGUGCGUAAGUGUGUGUUUUGGACUGAUAUCUUGUUGGGCGCCGGUCAAGUGAUAAGUUCGGUAAAUGCCAGUUUCAACUUAUAACAUGACAACUUACUUCCCCACCUAUCAUCAAUUUCAAGGGCAAGGCCGGGUGAACCAGCUGGGAGGGAUUUUCAUAAACGGGCGACCGCUGCCGUACCACAUGCGACUCAAGAUCGUGGCGAUGGCCGGCGAGGGGGUCCGCCCGUGCGUGAUCUCGCGGCAACUGCGCGUCUCCCACGGCUGCGUCUCCAAGAUCCUCAACAGGUACCAAGAAACGGGGAGCAUCCGCCCAGGGGUCAUCGGGGGCAGCAAACCCCGGGUCGCCACCCCCGACGUCGAGAAGAGGAUCGAGGAAUACAAAAAGCAGAACCCGGGACUUUACAGCUGGGAGAUCCGGGAAAAACUUAUAAAUCAGGAUGGAGUUUGCGACAAAACAACAGCACCUUCGGUAAGCUCCAUUAGCAGGCUUAUCCGAAGUGGUAGCAGGAAAGAAGAUGGUGACCUAAGAAAAAACCACUCUAUAGAUGGAAUUCUUGGUGCAAGCAGCGAUGAUGAAUUUGACGACACGCAGUCAGAACCAGGGAUCCCUUUGAAGAGGAAGCAGCGGAGAAGUCGAACGACGUUUACGGGAGAACAGUUGGAGGAGUUAGAAAGAGCUUUCCUUAGAACGCAAUACCCGGACGUUUACACAAGAGAAGAACUAGCUCAAAAGACUGGUCUCACGGAAGCUCGCGUUCAAGUUUGGUUCAGCAAUCGAAGGGCUCGGCUGAGGAAACAAGCUAACAGUCAACAACGGAGUGGCUACAAUGCCAUGUCGUUACCCGCAUUACCGUACCACAAUCUUCCUGGCCAAUAUUCUAGUAUAGUUGAUCCCACCGGAAAUUUCAACGCACAAGGUCAUGGUGCUAGCUGGGCGGCACAACAAGCUGCCACGUACGGGAUGUACAACUCCAGCUACUCUUGCAGCGCAACCGGUGGAAGUGCAGUGAGCGAUCAGUACUCGACUUACCCCCAGACCGGAAGCACUCAACUCCCAUCCGCCUGUUCUCAAACCUCCUGGCCAAAUCGGCAGUCCACCAAAUCUGAAGUUUCUUCGCCGUGGAGCGAUAAUUACAGCAGUCUCUUCGCCUCUGAAACAAGUCAAGUAUAUUCAGCUUCGGCGGGGAAUAAUUUGACUCCAAAUUCACCAUCUGAAGCAAAAUCUGGAUAUCCAUAUUACGGCCAACUGAGUGGCAUCGAAGCUGGAAUGGUGUGCGGUAGAGUUCACUAGCGAUUGGUGUAAAUUUUAAACCAUAGUGAACCAAUUUACUAUUUGUUUUUAAGCGUUUGAGCCGUAUAUUAAAAUCUAUCAAAACUUGUAUAGAAAUCAACCUGUAAACCUUAUCAUUUAUCAAUAAAACUCCAUUACAACAAGAAAAGGAGAAAAAAAUAUUCGAUGUGCAACAUCAUCUGCUGUUUCCAAUCUAAAAUAGUUUGAUUUAAUCGUCAGGUCGAAUUAUUUAUCAUAUGGCUCGAUAGUAUGAAAAUCAUUGUACAGUCAUAAAUCAAUGCUUAUGUUUCUAGCAAAUAUACUUUUGUGAUAUAUAUCUGUUUAGGUCUGUAUUUUUGAGGCGUGUCAAAUUUUAUUCUUGCUAUCGUGAUAGUAUCUUCCAAUUUUACUGUUUCCUUUUUAAUGUAUAUUUAUGUAAAAUCAAUGUAAAUAUCGUUCAAAAUUGUGGAUAUUACCUAUCUUUAUGUUAAAAAUUAGACUAUGAGAUAAAUAAAAUUUUAUUUUUCUUUAAA